CUGAUGGCAGACGAUGAUUACAUGUCAGACGCUUUUCUAGCCAAAACUGUACGACCGGGAUUGGUUUUCAGUCGCAUCACAGCUAGAAAAUAUGACAUGCAACGCAAGAAGAUUGAAAGUGACACCGAAACUAGAAAAUCGCCAUCUUUGAGGGCGAAGGAGGAGGAAAGAAGGAACGAGGGAUUGUCUACAGAAAUAGGAGAAGGCAACAAAGGAUUUGCCUUGCUAAAGAAAAUGGGAUACUUAGAAGGAUGCGGACUUGGAAGAGACGACUAGCUUCUUCAAU